AUGAAAGACCUCACCGUUACUUACGCGCUCACAGCGCUCUCUGCGGUCAUAUUCACUCUUUACGUCAGCAGACAUACUGUCAAGUCCCAGCUGCCUCUGUGGCUCCGGCCAUUUGCCCAAGAACAGGCCCCCGAUGGCCUCAAACGCAAGUUCUGGUCCUUUUGGACUUUUCCCCUGCUUCUCAUCAGCGUUGCCGGCCUGGUCCUCUCUUUGGUUCCCGUCAUCAUCCACCCUACUUGCCAUGUCUAUCUCUGGGAAAUGGCCCCAUGGGCUUGUGCUCUUCUCAUCACCGUCCUGGAACGUCCGACAAAGACGCCUCGGCUGCUGUUGGUUCAAUAUGUCUGUAUCCUCGGCGCCAGCACUACCAUCUACGCCACCCGUUUCUUGGACCGCACUCUUUUCGGCAUCGACCCCUUUCGGCUCGCCAGAAUGGCACUCUGUCUUGUAUCCAUCGUCCUAAUCGGCUCCAUGCCCAUCCGCGAGCCGUCCUGGGGCAGCAAGGACAUUGGCCAGCCCGGCAUCCAGCCUUCGCACAACCUCCGCAGCCCCGAAGACAAUCUCAGCCUCUUCAGCUUCUGGAGCAUGAGCUGGGUGAAUCCCUUGGCCAAGGCAUCCCGCAAACGAGAAAUCACAGAAGAAGACGUCUGGCAGCUGCCCUUUGAAUUCCAACACACCCGGCUGUACAUGGCCUUUCGAGAGCUCAAGGGCAAGCUCCUCCUCUGUCUUAUCGAAGCUAACGGCUUGGAUCUCUCAAUCGCCACGUCGCUUGCUGUUGCCGAGAGGGUUGCUGAAGUGUCCAACAUUCGCCUCACCAGCAAGCUGUAUGGCGCUCUGGACUCGAGCAACCCCGUUGAUGCUACCUUUUGGUGUGGCGUGAUGCUGCUUCUUGAUGUGUUUCGCCAACUGUGCAAGACGACGUCUGGUUGGUACUCGCGCAAAUCGUAUGAACGGUCUCGUGGAGAAGCCUUUAUCGCUCUCUUUGGCAAGCUGCUGACGCGAGCUGUUCCCGGCUCUGACAUUACCGAAAAGGGACCCGAUGACGAACUCCCUCAAGUAUCUAAUGGAAAGUCUCGAACCUUUUUCGGAAGAUUGUUUGGAAAAUCCUGUUCGAAACAGAAGCCUACAACAGCCUCUGCUCCAGCUUCCAACGCAAAAGUCGUCAACCUCGUUCGAGGCGAUACAUAUGAAAUCUCCCAGCGCUUCUGGGACUUUUCCAAGCUCGUCGCUCAGCCCAUCAAGGUCAUCGUCACCAUGUACUACCUCAUCGACAUCAUGGGCUGGCCUUCCGCCAUUGGCUUUGUCCUCAUGAUUGUCUUCCUCGCCAUCAACUCGGCGCUUGUUCGCAAGCUGAUCCACCUUGAACGCCAACGAACUGCCUUUUCCGACAAGCGCGCGCAGGCAGUCUCUCACUUUGUCGAGGCCAGUCGUCCGUUGAAGCUUAAUGGCUGGACGUCUUCGUGGAGUGCUAGAAUCAUGAAGUUUCGGGCACUGGAAAUGGCCAAGCGUUUGAAUAUUGCUCAUGUCACUGCUGGCAUUUCCACCGUGAGCGUGACUGGCGGAACGUCUUACCCACUUGCCAGUAUCGCUCUGUAUACUCUCAUUCUGAAACAGGGUCUGCCAAACGACGUCAUCUGGCCCUCGCUCCAACUCUUCUCCCAGCUGGAAAUGAGUGUCAAGGAAGCAUUCGAUCUCAUCUCUGCGUACUGGAAAUCUACCAUCCCGAUUGAGCGUGUAAACAAGUACAUGAGCGAGCCCGACAGAGACGACAUCUCCAACAGCCCCAGCAACGCCACAGAUAUCGAAUUCCGUGACGCUUCCUUCUCUUGGCCCUCGACGGGAAAACUCAUUCUCAGAGACGUCAACCUAAAAUUCAGCAAGGGCCUAACUGUUAUCCGAGGCAAAGUUGGUUCUGGCAAAUCCAGCCUCCUUCUCGCCGCCCUCAACGAAAUGGAGCUUCACGAAGGCGACCUCAUCAGACCCGACGUCCCAGUAGCCUACUGCCAGCAACUCCCAUGGCUCCAGAACAAGACGAUUCGCGAAAACAUCCUCUUCCACCAGCACUUUGACGCUGCUCGAUACCGCCAGGUCCUCCACGCAUGUGCUCUUUUGCCCGAUCUCGCCUCGCUGCCUGACGGUGACCAGACAAAGCUCGAAGAGGGCGGCAUUGGACUCUCUGGGGGCCAAAAGGCUCGCGUGGCCCUUGCUCGAGCAGUGUACAGCCACUGCAAGAUUCUUCUCCUGGACGACCCGCUUGCUGCUUUGGACCACGAUACCGCCUCGGCCAUUGUUCGCCGCUUUCUCCAGGGUUCCCUUGCUCAAGACCGCACAAUUGUCAUGAUCACGCACAGAGAUGAUCUCGUCCUCCGUAUUGCCGAUCAAGUGAUUGACUUGGACGAUGGCGAAGCAACUGUCCUUUCGGCACAGGAGAUCAAAGACGAACUCGAGCACCCGUAUCACGAAUCUGGAAAGACAACCCACGACGACACCGAGGCAUCUCACGAGAUCCACGCCCAAGAUAUUGCCGCGCUCAAAGACGCCCCCGAAGAGCCGUCAAAAACAGGAAGCGUCUCGCUCAGCGUCUAUCUCGAAUACAUGAAAGCAGGCGGCUGGCACCUCUGGAUCCUCCUCGCCCUCGCAUACGGCCUGUCCCGAUUCAUGGACAUCUCACGGGCCCGACUUCUGGAAGCAUGGGGCGCAGACUCCGUCGGCAGCGGCAAGAAGAGCCCCUACUGGGGCCUUCCCAACCCGGAGAACCACGCCCAGGCCUGGAUCCUGGUCCUCUCCGGUCUCUCGGCAGGACAGAUCCUGACGUAUGCCGCCGCGCAGCUGCUGCUGGCGAGAAUCAGCGUCAAGGCCGCGCAGGGCCUCUUCAAAGCGGCCAUCGACAAGGUCAGCCGGGCCACGUUCCGCUACCACGACACGACGCCGACGGGCCAGCUUAAGAACCGCCUCAUCGCCGACAUGGGCAUGGUGGACGGUGGCAUCGUGGCGCCCCUGGAGUCGUUUGUCUUCAACCUGAUUGCGCUGGUCAUGAGCCUGGUUGCCAUUGCCACGCACCAGCCGCUGCUGCUCGUCAUCCUGGCCAUGGUGGCCGUCGCGUUUGUGCACUUCUUCCGCAUCUACGUGCCCGUCUCGCGGUGUCUGCGCCGCAUGGAGAUGCGCUACCUGACGCCCAUCAUCGCCAACAUCGGCGUCAUGCAGGACGGCCUGGUGACGAUCCGCGCGCUGCGGGUCGAGCAGCGCUUCCAGGACCGCCACCUCGACGCCGUCGACGACUUCCAGAAGCAGGACCACUUCUUCUGGAGCAUGGCCUUUUGGCUGGACCUGCGCCUCAGCUUCAGCUCCAUCGCCACGCGCACGGCGCUGAUCCUGUUCAUGGUCUGGCGCCACAUGCCGGCGAGUGCCAUAGGCUUCGUGCUGACGCAGACGAGCGUCGCCAUGGCGGCGGUGCAGCAGCUCUGCGAGCGGUUCGCGCAGCUGCAGCUGGACGCCGUGUCCCUGGAGCGCGUCAACAUGCUCAAGGAGAUCCCCGAGGAGCCCCACGGCGACCAGGACCCCCCUGAGGGCUGGCCGCGGCCCUGCGACGACGUCACGUUUGAGCGCUUCUCGUUCAAGUACGACGCCCACCUGCCGCCGGUCCUCGACAACGUCUCCUUCUCCAUCCCCGGCGGCUCGACCUGCGCCGUGCUCGGGCGGACCGGCUCCGGCAAGUCGACCGUCGCCAACGCGCUCCUCAUGACGCAGGCGCCGGCCCACGGGACGCUCACGAUUGGCAGCGUCGACGUCGCGCAGAUGGACCGGACGGCCCUCCGCAACCGCGUCACCUUUAUCCAGCAGGAUCCCACGCUGUUCCCCGGCACGCUGCGCGACAACAUCGACCCGGCGGGCGACUUUUCCGACGCGGCCUGCUCAAACGCCAUCCACCGCGUGCUCGGCGCCUCGUGGAGCCUCGACUCGCCGAUUGAUGCUGCGGGCAAGAACCUCAGCCAGGGCCAGCGGCAGCUCGUGGGGAUUGCGCGGGCGGUGCUGCGGCGGAGCGGGCUGGUCAUCCUGGACGAGGCGACGGCGUCGAUUGACCGCAUGACGGCGGCGACGGUGCAGCGCAUCCUGAGGGCCGAGCUGGCGGACAGCACCGUGAUUACGAUUGCGCAUCGGCUGGAGGCUGUAGAGGAUGCGACGUGGUGUUUGAGGCUGGAGGGGGGGAGGGUUGUGGAGUGUGGUCCGGCGAGGGAUUUGGGGGAGUGAUGGAUUGUGUAUUUGUAUGAUGAGUGGUUUGUUUAUAUUUGUGUGGAGUGUAGAAUAUAGAUGAUGGCGUUAGUACUAGCGAAUUGAUGGUGUUUGGGUGCAA